CAACGACUGAGUGGAAGUCAGUAAAGACUAAAGCUAAACCGAGAAAGCACCUGAGUCUUUUCCUCUCUGGAUCUCUUAACAACAUGUUGGAGUCGAUUGUGAAGGUUUUAAUCCUUACAUGGAGCCUGACGGGUUUUGUCUGUUCUGUGCAGGUGACAAUGCAAAACCCUGCAGUCAAUGUGACAGCAGGACAGAAUGUUACUCUGUACUGUACGUACAGCCCUCCUGGGACAAGCACCAAUGGGGUCUUCAUACAAUGGACAACACUGCAGGCUCAUACACAGACAACAAAUUCUCAAUCUUCUUGCUUCAGCUUGGAGGGAAGUUCUGUGAAACAGUGUCAAAACAAGACGGUGUUUGGCAGAGAUGCCCGGGGAAGGUGUAGCUGGAAACACCAGGUGUACUACUUCAAUAACGGACAGUCCUCUUCCAGUGGGAACUAUAAGAACAGAGUCACUGCAUACAUUAGUCCAGGAAAUGCUACAAUUACCAUUUCCAACACGCAGCCACAAGAUACUGGGAUGUAUUACUGUGAAGUCAUAGUUGAAGGGCAAAAUGUUGUUCAGGGAAGCAUGCAGCUGACUGUCUUGGUUGCCCCUUCUACUCCACAUUGCUCUAUGCGAGGGGCAGUGGAGACUGGACACUACCUCUCACUGUUUUGUUUUUCUGAGGAGGGGAUGCCUCGGCCAACCUACACUUGGAACCUAGUGGACAAUGGGGUACUGAAGCCGGUGCCUACAAAUACAAAUCAGCAGAAAGGGAUGCUCAUCGUAGGCAAUAUGUCCAAUUUUGAUGAUGGAUAUUACAGAUGCACAGCCAGCAACAGUUUAGGAAAUACAUCAUGUGAACUAGAUCUACAUACUGGUGGUGAAGCUGGAAUCAUUUUAGCUGGGGUCAUUGGAGCAGUUGUGGUUGCAUCUAUCAUCGCUGCGGUUAUCUGGUUUGUAAUUGCAAAGAACAAGGACAAAAAGCAGAAACAAGCAACCAGUGAGAUGAAGACAAUGCCUCCUUCAGGAGCUAACACGUAUGCUGCUGUAUCAGACGAAGUCCAUGAGCCUGCCAGAGAAAACCUUGUAGCCUCAGAGCCUACUGAGACCGUUGAAUUCCAUGACCAGCCUGAAAAUGCAGCUUCUGCCAAUGGAGAAAUGGAAAAUCCAGCAGUGUAAAGUACUCAAGCUCACGUAAAGAGAUGGCACAUAUUCCCUAAGGAUCCAGAACCAUCUCUAAAGUAUAAAGGACUGGAUACACAGGGGUUUAUGCAACAUUAAUAGGUUUAGCAUGCAAGAAAAUACAUUUUUAUACUUUUUUUAAACUUGUGUUUGGAUUAUUUUUAAGUCUAGUCUAUAUCAGUGGUGUUACUUCAGAAGCUUUAACAUAUACUUAAACAUUAGGUUCUUUACAUCAUAGCCAGAAGUGUGUCAUCUUUACUGCCAUUUUUUGUCUAAUAUCUCUAUAGUUUAUUAAAGUCCAGAGUUUUUUUUAUCCCUCUCUCUAGAAACUCACUGUUACCACUGACUGUCCUCUUACAAUAACCUUAAUUAUUCUGUAUGUGUUUAACACAUUUACACACAUAUACAUUUGCCCAGAAGUUAUUGUAUAGGUUUGACUGCUGUAUUUAAAAAUCACAUUGUUCAUGAAAUAUUUGAUUCUUUUGCUUUCCUGUAUGCGGGAUUCAUAUAGAUCAGUUGGAUGUGUCUCUAAAUGCCUAGUUGGUCUUUUGUGCAUGGAAGAUGGCAGUGAAGGGCAGUAAGCUAUAAUAUAUUGUUUUGUGUCUACAUGGCGUUAGGUUAUUUUAAUUUAAUGUAAAAAAAAAUAAAGUCCCCCUGCCUCCAUCAAGUCUAAACCUGUACCAAUUAGCUUGAACCUUGCUGCAUGGGUUUAGGGCAUCAUGUUUUCAAUGGUACGCUGGGUGGCAAUAGGGGCAUUGUGGCUUUCUUAAUUUUAUGUAAUGCUUAUGUCCUUCCUACAAAGCAAUUUUAGGCUUGGCUCCUAUGGGCUCUAAGAACAUAAGCCCUGACAGCGUGCGCACAUGCAAUGAUGCCUGGAAGUGCAGACGUUAUGAACCAGCAAAGUUUCUAAGUGAAACGCUGCUUGGUUUGUUAAAAUUUUGGUUCACCUUAACGGGAUGUUUCUUAAGCAGAUUGUAUUUCUGGGACUCCAGGGCAUCUUGUCAAUGGGACUUUAGUGGAGGCUCUACUUGCAACUUUAGUAGCACAAUUUAAAUAUACCGCCUGCUUUGGCAUAGACAGAGGAGGAAAAAAUAAGUGUCCGAUUUCAGUGUGCAUUUUAGAUAACGGAGCCUGAACUGAACCAAUAACUUAAUAUUAAAUAGGCCCAAAUGUUUCUUUUGUUUAUUACGGAUACUUUUGGUUUAUUUUAUCAUAUACAAUUCAUUUACUACAAAUGCUUAUGGUCGACAGUUUUCUUUCAACAUGAACUGAACUUGAUUUAUGAAAUGAUAUAGUAAUAGACACUGCUGCCUCUUCAAC